UUUCUCAGUGAGCAUGAACCUCAGUCUUCCCGACCAGAACAUGCACAACUCCAGUGAAGGCUGCCUAGAGGACGACAAACCUGAUGUCAUGUUGCCUUGCUUCCGCAGAAACAUGUAUGAUGAGCCUCUGGCCUCGUACUCCAGCGGAUCCAUCAUCUCUCAACUCCUCCGCAAGACAAUCCACAACAAGAGGGCACUAGAUGAAAGUCAUUUCUACCUUUCCAGCUCCACUGCCGCUGACUCCGGCCAGGAGGACCAGUGCAGCGUCUCCUCAAAGGACAGCACGGUGGAAGCUGCUUCCCCCAGCGGUCAUGUUUCUACAGGAGCCAGCCUGGAGGGGGAGCAUCCCAUGACUGACCACCUGCAGGCAAAGAGAGCCAGAGUGGAGAACAUUAUCAGAGUCAUGGCAGGCUCUCCCAACAGCAGGCAACAUGGAGAAAGUGAGAGGUCUGACACAGAUGCCAGAGACGCUAGAGAGGCCAGAGAAGCAUACAGAGAGAACAAACGUAAGCAGCGGUUGCCUCAACAUCAGGAACACAGUGUAGGAGGACCGGCAAACAGAAGACCUGGAAGCAGCAGUAGUGACAACUGCAACAACAAGGAUGAGGAGUGUCACAAGCUGAAAGAGCAGCUCCACAGCAUGCAGAGGCUGCUGCGUCAGCUCCAGGAAAAGUUCCUUCAAGUUUACAACCAGGAGGACCCUGAACACAAUGACAGAGAUGAGAGAGAAGUCUCUGUUGAUCACGACACUGUGGGAGACAGCACAGAGCCACGCUACGUAAGCACUGAAGAUGAUUUUGAAAGGAAGAAUAGCAGAGUGACUGCAGAGUGUAAGGACCGAACGAAAGUAGUUGGUGACCUGUUACACCAGAGAGAAAGUCAGAACCUGCAGGAAACCCUGAAGCAGGAGCUCUCCAGGGCUGUGAAUGACUGUGUGGACAAAGUGUUCAAGAAGGUGUCCUCCACUGGGCUGGAUCUGUCUCCUCAGCAGCGCAUGUGCUCAUCUCCAGAAAUGCAGCUCAGCAUGGGUGCAGAUAGAAAGAGCCAGCAGGUGGGCUCCACCCAGGAACAGUCCCAUGCUGGGGAGGCUGCAGUGAAACCCUGCUCUUUGGAGUUUUAUGAACACUCUGAGGCUCAAAGCCCACAGGACCAGACAGAGGCACUGUCACUGGUGGUCCGGAAGCCGGCAGUGACUCCUCUGAGCUCAGUCACCCCGACAGUGAAGAGGCCCUAUCCUGUGCAUCAGACACCGUUUCAGUUCAAUUACAGCACCCCUCUGCAUGACAGUCAGAUCCUAGAGCAUCUUCUUAAGUACCGGCCCCAUUCCAACUUUGGGGGUCUCCCUUGCAUGCCCCCAUCAAUGGACAGAACCUCUCCCGACUCGGUGGACCUGCCCUGGGACACCAUUGCCAUGAGGUCCAAGGUGACAUCCAGCCACCUCGGCCACCACCCUCGUCCCUCCGCCCUGGGGGCGGUGACGGUCGACAAUCUGUGUCUCCCUCAUGUCAAGAUUGAGUGCGGUGAACUGCAGAGCAUGGCCGAGCGAAACCCCUACAUGUCACUCAACAUCCAGGAGGGUCUCACUCCGAGCCAUCUGAAGAAGGCAAAGCUAAUGUUCUUCUACACCCGCUACCCCAGCUCCAACGUGCUGAAAACCUUCUUCCCUGACGUCAAGUUCAACCGCUGCAUCACCUCUCAGCUGAUCAAGUGGUUCAGUAACUUCAGGGAGUUCUACUACAUCCAGAUGGAGAAGUUUGCCCGCCAGGCUAUCGUUGACGGCAUCAGUGAUGUCAAAGACAUGACAGUUAGCAGGGACUCAGAGCUGUUCCGCGCACUGAACAUGCACUACAAUAAAGCCAAUGACUUCCACGUGCCAGACAGAUUCCUCGAGGUUUCUGAGAUCACCUUGCACGAGUUUUACAGUGCCAUUUCUGCAGCCAAAGAUUCAGACCCCUCUUGGAAAAAGGCCAUAUACAAGGUGAUCUGUAAACUGGACAGCGACGUUCCGGAUGAGUUCAAGACAUCUUCCUAUUUAUAGACUGACGUGGAGAAUUACAACCUUGAAGGAACUUGUUUAGAGCUACUGAACUAGUCACUUGACUAAUAUUUCAUCCUUUCUUGUAGUGCAUUUUUAGUGAGGUGAAAUGUAGAUGUUGGAUAAUUAAUCACGUUGUAGAUCUGUGAAAACACACACAGACACAUCAUUUUAAAUAUUGAUAAGCUGUCUAUAGUCUAAAAUGCUGUAUGUUCUACUUUUACAAACAAGCAUCAUUAUUAAUGCUCUUGUGGUUUAUUCUAUUGUUUAGUGUUUACUUGUAUAAUUCGCCUCAACACAUUUAGAGAGUUAUUGAGUUUGUAGGUGUGUAAAGAUUUUUACAAAGUGUAAUCAUUCUUUUUGAUAUUGUGAAACUAUAGUGUAGCCUGAUUUAGCUGAACUGGAAAAGUUUUUUGGGCAAUUCCCGUCAGUAUUAGUUUGCUUUUAAUUUCAUUUGAUAGCUGUGUGUUGUGUAAACGUACAUUUGCUGUUGUUGUAUGUUGCAUAAUGUUCUUUACUUAUGUUGGAAACUUUUAGCUUAACAGGAUGUGCAUGUGAAAAUACUGCAAAUGACUGUUAUGGGUUUUAUUAUCAUGUACAAAGGUCAUGUAAAGUACAAUCAUUUACCAAUAUUUCAUUCACAGAAAUUGUACUGGAUGAUUAUUAAAAUUAAA